GCUUACACUGGCAGAACGCUGAGCGUUUUACUGGCUUAUUGUCCCAGACUGUCCGAGACAUGAAGAGGAAUGCCAUGGAUGAAAGUCCCAGCAGCUCCGGCUCAGACCAAAGUCCGAAGAAGAAGAUCUCCUCUUCUGCAGAUGCAGCAGCUUCGGCCACAUGUCUCAACGCAGACGUCCUGGAGGAGAUCUUCAUAAAUGUUCCCCUCCAGGAGGUGCUUUGCGUUUGUCGGUUAGUGUGCUGUCAGUGGAAGGAAGUGGUUGACAGUGGCUCAAUGUGGAGAGAAAGGUGUAGAAGAGAAGGGUAUCCCAUUUGCAAUGUUUCCGAAACACAAGACUGGAAGCUGUUUUAUUUCUUGUCCAAGAAGAGAAGAAAUCUCCUCAAGAAUCCAAACGGAAAAGAAGAACUGAAUGGCUGGAACAUUUUAAAAAAUGGUGGUGAUAAGUGGGUUGCUUCAGAAAUUAGGAAGCCACAUGCAGAUGAAACCAUCAGAACAAACUUUGCCACCUCUUAUGAAAUGUGUACAAAGUCGCAGCUGAUUGAUUUAAAGAAGGAAGGUUACAGUCCAUCUCUUAUGGAUCACGUCCAACCUGACAUCAAAAUAUCUGAUUGGUAUCUUGCACAUGUGGACUGUCAGAGCAUGUACAAUAUCUGGGUACAGCUGCUGAAUCAAAAGAAGCAGCCUGUCGAGAUCUUUUCGCGUGAGGGUAUUUAUUGUAGAGGGGGGCGUGAAAAAUGGGACCAGAUUACCCAUGUAUUCCAUAAAUAUGGACCGGGAGUGAGAUACAUUCGAUUUACCCAUGGAGGGAAGGACUUAAAGUGGUGGAAAGGACAUUAUGGGAUUCAUAUUACUGGCAGCUGUGUUGAGAUACUUCCGUAGACUAUUGGGAUGCCUGCUUUCUUACUUUCCUUGAAGUUAGACGACUCAUAUUUACUUUAUAUAAUCUGCUUGUAAUUUGGAUGUUUUUGUACUUUAAACCCUAAAAUUGGAAACAGCACUUUCUUGACUAUAUUGAUUAUGUGCACGUUAACAUAGUAAAUUCUGCCCAGUUUCUCCAGUUUUGCACUGUCAGGUGUUUGUGAAAUAUUUAUCUCAGUUUGAGGUAGUAAUGGUCACUUGACCAAUUCAGUUCAGCACCAGUCACAACAUUGACACCUCAACGCAUCUCACAAUGUAAGGAUUCAUAUCUUUUUUUUUUGUUCCUUACCUCAUAACUUUCAGUGAAAUAAGAAUACAACCAGGUAUGACAACAAAAUACAGUCCACUAAUUGGAGUGUGACAUUAAGAUGAGGCACAAAGCCCAAAGACAACUCCAGACUGAUUUAUUUGUUUUUCAGAUUACCCAUGUAUUCCAUAAAUAUGGACCAGGAGUGUAAUACAUUCGAUUUACCCAUGGAGGGAAGGACUUAAAGUGGUGGAUAGGACAUUACAAAAUUCAUAUUACUGACAGCCUUGUUGAGAUACUUCCAACACUGGACACAUAGACUAUUAGGAUUCAUGUAAUGCCUGCUUUCUAACGUUCCUUGAAAUGAGAUUGCUCAUAUUUUCCUUAUAUAAUCUGCUGUUAAUUUAUAAAUUUAAACUCAAAAGAUACAUACAGCACUUUCUUAAAUAUAUGCAAUUUUCAACAAAAAUGCUGUUAAGAAAAAAAAACUAAUAUAUUCUCACACAUUGCAAAUACAAUACGAUGUUAUAACAAAAUAGGAGAGAAUAGAGUGACAGUGGUUGUGACAAAAGAAAAAAAACUUGGUGGCAGCAUAUGAUGCCCUCUACCUUUGUAUAUUGUUAAGCUUUAAUGGGGCCUGCACAAUUAUCUGAGUUACCUAUGCUAUUUGCUCUUAUGUGCCCCUUACCAUCAUGGAUCCUAGCUUUGAAGUGUGCACUCUUAACAAGUCCCUGUGUUUAGCCUGGAGGAUUUGGUUGCCCAUGACAAAAUGACCCUUGGCUCUCUGUGACCUCAGUAAACACUU